ACCAUGGAAAGAAAUAUAUCUUAUUAAUAGAAAAUGUAAGAGUGUGCUAGGAGACCAUUGCUCUUCCAAGUAGCUCUCUUCCAGUCUUGGUCCGGUGGUUUGCAUGGCCCACAGAAAUCAGCAAGAACUUGCCCACCAGAAAAACGUGAAGAAAUCCCAUGAAAUUAGGAAGGGAAAAAGAAAGGAGGGUAGCUUGACUACCUCUCAGAGAAAGCAGAGGGACUCUGAAAUAAUGCAGCAAAAACAGAAGACAGCUAAUGAGAAGAAUGAUGACUAUUUGGAAAACCUGGGUGCUAUUUGCCAACUAGGUGUAUCAUAAGCUCUAUGAUCAAAAUUUUGUGGAGCAAACAGUCAUAUAUUAUGACAUAUCUUUUAAAAAUUAUCUUAAACUUAAAAAAAGAACAUGUAAUAUGCGUUUUUCCAAAAGACUUUUUAAUUGACAAUUUAAUCCAUUUUUCAAUUCAUGAAGUCAUGAUCUAGGAGUUUCAAACCAUGCUACCUUGCUAGUUGGGAGUUUAUGCAUAAACAAUAUGUCUGUGUUUGUUUGCCCAUUAUUUAUUUGUUUAUUGAUUCUCAU